AUGUGGGUAGCUAUCAAAGGAAGAUUGCAGACAACAGACAGAAUGCAGCAGUGGAAUAGCUCCAUUAAUACAACGUGUGUGCUUUGUAAUGAUGCGCCAGAGUCUUGUGCUCAUCUUUUCUUUGUCUGUCGAUACUCUGAGAUGAUUUGGAGAAAGCUUGCGGAGGGGCUGAUGAGAGAUGCUUUUACUGUGGACUGGAGUGAGCUAAUAUCUAUAGUCUCGAAAUCAUGGGUAACACCUAUAAAGACAUUCAUACUCCGAUAUGUAUUGCAAGCCACAGUUUACACAAUUUGGUGGGAGAGAAAUGCGCGCAGGCAUGGGGAGAAGCCGAGAGAUAUCAAUGGUUUGACUAAGCUUGUGGACAAGUAUAUGAGGUUGAAGCUUUUAUCACUAAAGGGUAAAGGAGAUCACUAUGAAGAAGGUCUGAUAACAUGGUUUGGUGUGCAACCAAGCUCAUGA